AAGGCUGGGAGGAGAGGAGACGCGCAGAGGAACUUCCUCUUCCGGAUGGCUGAUGGGAGGAAGUUGGUGUGCAGAGCGGCUUUUGUGCUGUUUCCAUGGCGGAAGCAGCAGCUGGCAGGUGAGUGGAGGGCAGCAGGUGGGAGGAGAGUCCGGGAGCAACUUGGGCUGGAAGCGGAGAAGCAACUGGGCUGAAGCCUCUCAGCUGCGGCUGCUGCAGGUUCCUUCCCUCCCCAAAUGGAAGCCCACUGGUGCUGCAGGCUGGGAAACUGGGGGCUGCAAUUUCUGCUGGUGGGAAGCUUGAAAAAGCCUCCUUCCAAUGCAGGUUGAGCCUUUGGGGCUGGUUUCCCUCCAGAGGGAGCUCCGUCACUGGAGGUUUGGAAGAGAGCUGGAAGAAACCUUGGAGGUCUUAAUGACGUCUCAGACAAAUGGCUGUCCCGUCGGUUUAAAAGCCACCAGCAAUGGAGCCCCCACAACCUCUGGAGGGAAGCCAUUCCCGAAGAAUCAACCUUCACUCAAAAGAGACUUUUUCAGUCUUCCAGGCAGCAGAAAAUUGCAGCCAUUCCCUUCCACUGACUAAUUGUUCUCACUGAUGGGAUUUUUCCUUAAUUCCAGGUUUUUUCCUCUCCUUGAUUAGUUUCCAUGCAUUGCUUCUUGUCUUGUCCUUCUGGUGCUUUGGAAAAGAAGUUGACCCUCCAAGUAUUGGAACACUGCUAUCAUGUCACCCCUAGUCCUUCCUUUCACUAGACGAUUCAUUCCCAGUUACAGCAACCCACUAAUUAUCCCUACUGCUCUUCUCUGCGCUCUUUACAGAGUCUCCACGCCUGUUUUAUAUUGUGAUGAAAACUGGUUGCAGUAAUCCAAGUGUGAUCUUAAUCACAGCAUUAUAAAUUGGUACUAAUACUUCAUGUGAUCUCGAUUCUAUCCCUCUGUUUAGGCAGCCAGAGUUUCUCAGGCUUCUUGAGUUGUUUUCCCAUUGAUUGAUUGAUUGAUUGAUUGAUUGAUUGGUUGGUUCGAUUUAUAUGCUGCCCUUCUCCGGAGACUCAGGGCGACUUACAAUGCGUUAAGCAAUAGCCUUCAUACUUUUGUAUAUACCUGCUUAGUAGGGCUUUCGCACCCCCCCCCCAAGCGGUGUUCUUUUUUAUACAAAGUUAGCUUAUUGCCCCCACAAUCCAGGUCCUUAUUUUACCUACCUCGAAAGGAUGGAAGGCUGAGUCAACCUUGAGCCUGGUGAGAUUUUAAUUUGCAGUAAUUGCAGGCAGCUGGUGCUAGUUAACAGCACUUUAGUCUGCUGCGCCACCAAGGCUCUUGUAUAAGAUUUUCAUCCAUGGAAUCCUUCCCAAGCUGUCUCUUGGUUUGUUAAAUCAGCUGCUUUAAAGUCUAAGAUUUUACUCUAUUGCUUGUGUCUGCAUUAUAAUGAAUUCCAGUAUGCACAUGGUCACUCUUCCCCCUAUUUAUCUGCAACUUCAACCCCAUCUCCCUUAUUAUUUUCUCUCUGCUAGUAAAAAUUUGCAAGUUGGCACUGUCAUGUGACAUCAUGCUUCCUGACCGGCUGCUUAGUGACACAGAAGCCAGUCCCAACUGCACUCAACAAAGAGGAUGGCAAAAAGAGCACUCUGGACAACUGAGAAUAACAAGCAACGUUGAAAAGGAAAUAAAAUUGAGCCAGAAAUCAAAAUAUAUUCCAGUUCCUUCAGAAAACCACACAAUUCUCCUUCUCCAGCAGCUAAUAGAGAACAGAGAGAAAAUUAACAUGAGAUUUUGAGCUGGAAAAAGUAGAGGAUACGAAACUCAAGGACACAUUGCAUGAAAGAUCAAGGAAGGUUAUUUUUCACUCAGAAAAAGAUGGAAAUAUCUGGAAGUUAGGGGGAAGGAAAAGGUCUUAUUGGGCAGGGCACAUAGGACAGACAAUGAUACAGGCCUUGCUCUGGGAAGAAGCAAGCAGCUGUAAUCAAAACACUACUAAACAAUAGUAGAUCUAAACAAUAGAUCACACAUAUUUUUGACCUCAAGAAUAUCAGUUGUGGAAAAGCUCCAUAGAUCUGCCUAUUGAAGAAAAAACACAGAUUGCAAAUCAUAGCUGAUUAAACAAGAAGAUCCCAACUGUAGAAAAGCCAUACAAAUUAUCUGAAUAUGGCAAAAGGUUUGGUCAGAGCAGCUUCCUUGUGGUACAUGUAACGACCCACACAGGAGAGAAGCCAUACGAGUGCUCCCAAUGUGAAUACUUUAGUGAGCAUGGCAACAUAGUGAUACAUCACAGGACGCCCAUCACAUAAGAGUGUCCAAAUUGUGUAAAAGUUUCAUUGGAAAUCACCACCUCAUGAGACAACAAAGGACUCACACAGGAGAGAAACCCUUUCAAUGCCCUAUCCGUGGGAAAGGUUUCAGUCGCAAUUCCAGCCUGCUGGCACACCAGAGAACUCACACAGGUGAGAAACCAUUUGAAUUUCCUGAUUGUAGGAAAUGUUACAGUCACAAUUCCAGCCUGCUGUCACAUCAGAGAACUCACACAGGUGAGAAACCAUUUGAAUGUCCUGAUUGUAGGAAAAGUUUCAGUCAAAAUUCCAGCCUGGUGACACACCAGAGGACAUACACAGGAGAGAAACCAUUUGAAUGUUCUGAUUGUGGGAAAAGGUUCAGUACAAAUUCCAAUCUGGUGACACACCAGAAGACUCACACAGGAGAGAAAUCCUUUCAAUGUCCUGAUUGUGGGAAACGUUUCAGUCAGAAUUCGAGCCUGGUGACACACCAGAGGACUCAUACAGAAGAGAAAUCCUUUCAAUGUCCUGAUUGUGGGAAAAGUUUCAGUCAGAAUUAUAAGCUGGUGACACACCAGAGGACUCAUACGGGAGAGAAACCCUUUGAAUGUCCUGAUUGUGGGAAAAGUUUCCAUAACAAUUUCAGCCUUGUGACACACCAGGGGACUCACACAGGAGAGAAACCAUUUGAAUGUCCUGAUUGUGGGAAAAGUUUCAGUCACAAUUCCAGCCUGGUGACACACCAGAGGACUCACACAGGAGAGAAACCAUAUGAAUGUCCUGAUUGUGGGAAAAGAUUCAGUAACAAUUCCCAUCUGGUGACACACCGGAAGACUCACACAGGAGAGAAACAAUUUGAAUGUCCUGAUUGUGGGAAAAGGUUCAGUCAGAAUUAUAAGCUGGUGAGACACCAGAGGACUCACACAGGAGAGAAACCAUACGAGUGCCCAGACUGUGGGAAAGAUUUCAGUACGAAGACUAGCCUUUUGAAUCAUGUGCUUAUACAUACGGGAGAAACCAUUUAAGUGCCGCAAGAGUGGACGGUGCUUCAGGAAACAUUCCACCCUCAUUGCACACAAGAAAAUGCAGAUGGAUUUUCCAAAGUGAUGAGUGAUGACCUAAAGUAAAGUGUAAAGGCUUGAAUUUUAAGUUUUAAGAUGAGAAAUUGACUCUUCAAUUUGACCAGAAAGAAUUUGCUUGAUUGUUUUUCUCAUCAAGUAUGUCAUAGUCUUAGAUGGGAAGGAGGAAAGAAAAAAUUGGAACAUGUUAGUUUGAUAAUGGCUGUCUGGCUGGCCAUCAGCAGCAGAAGUUGCUGGGUAUUUAUUUCUGCAGAAAUUGUGCAAUUCUGCAAAAAUCAUUUUAGGAGUGUUCUCUGCAUUUUUAUCAUAAUCAAUGAUAGAAAUGCCACAUGCAGAGAACCAGCCUUUUUCUCCCUGGGUAUCCUCGAGAUUUUCCACCCCAGAAUUUCCCAGGCAGCAUCUCUUCGGGAUAAGAGCACUCAGGCUGUAGUUAGAGGUUGUGAGUCCUCAUGGAAGAAGAAAACAAGAGGAAAGAGAAAUAGUUUAUCUUUUCCUAACAAUUCAUUGCACCAAGCAUGUCUGCUCAGAUUGUGAAUGAGGCACGCAAGUGGAAGAAACCAGAUGACUAGCAAAUAUAUUGGGGGAAUUUGGGGCAGUGACAAAAGCAGUGUAAAAUUUCAGAUGCAAAGGCUACUCUGCCUUGCAUGUGACCUUCAUGGAGAAGAGCUGUAGGAAUAUUGAGUUGAGGAAAGGGAUUGUGUUUUUGAGUACAGGAUCUCCAGGUUCAUUCGCAACUCCUGUUGUGAUCUCCUUCCCUUGGACGUUCCUCCUUUGUUAGUCUUUGAUGGCUGGGAGGUGUGAGCAGAACCAAGGGAUUUUUACUUUUGUGGUUCCCCCCUUGGUAGGGAAAUGUGAGGAAAAAAAUUGUACAGUAGAUGCUUCAUUUCUAAAACAGCAUUGCAUAAGACUUAUGAAUAGAUUUUGAGGUGGGGAAAGGAAAGUGUCAGCAUUUCUGUAAACAUUGGGACAAUGUAAUGCAACGCUCUCUUCCCAACACAUGGGAGACCUUUCCUGUAUUUUCAUUUCUCUCCCAGGACUCCUUAAUUUGUUUUAAAAAUUCCUUCAAUUAAAGAGGAACAUUAUUUGUAGCAGCGAAAGUGAUAUUUUAGCUAUGCAGAUGGAUUAUCCUGAUUUUGCUGGGAUUGGAAGACACCAAAGAAUUCCAAGAUCGUUCAUUUCACCCACAAGAUUCAAAAAGACAGGUUACAAUGUUUUUUAGUAGGUCACAUUGCUUCUGAUCCCUUUGAAGGAUACUCGGUGACCAGGAGCAGAUCAGGACUGGCAUGUGGAGAAACCAAGAUGCAACUCAAUGGUCGGUCUGGAUAAUCCCUGGGGACUUUCCAUGACUGAGAAUAGGAUACGAUAGGAUUGAAUGGAAAUGAAUUCUUUAUUGGCCAAGUGUGAUUGGACACAAGGAAUUUGUCUUUGGUGGAUAUGCUCUCGGUGUACAUAAAAGACAAGAUACAUUUGUCAAGAAUCAUAAGGUACAACACUUCAUGAUAGUCAUAGAGUACAAAUAAGUAAUCAAAUCAUAGUAGGAAACAAUAUAAAUCAUAGGGAUGCAAGCAACAAAGUAACAGUCACACGGAUUUGAUUUAAAUCAAUUUGAUUUAAAUCAUAAUUUUUAAAGAGCAACUAUCAUCUCUGCUACUCGUUUGACCUGCUGUUGACUCACUGAUAGUCCCAGUGUUGCAGAAUAUACAGCCUUGUGCUACAUAACUAAGCUACAUUUCAUGCUGAAUAAAAAAAAUUAUUUAUGUAUCUUAAAUAGAAAACUAUCUUAUGAUAGAUUUUUACCCCAAAAGUUUUUUAUUAAAAUAAAUUCAAUAAAAAUAAAAAAAUCUGAUUUAAAUAAAAAAAUCCGAUUUAAAUCAAAAAAAUCAGAUUUUUUUGAUUUUUUUUUAAAAAAUCAUUGAUUUUUAUCCACCCUGUUCAUAAAGUCAUAAGUGGGAGGAGAUGGGUGAUAGGAACAAUGGGAAGAUUAAUAGUAAUAGUAAUUCAGACUUAGUAAAUAGUUUGACAGUGUUGAGGGAAUUAAAUACAUGGCAGAGUGAUGGCAUUCAAUAAAAAACUGUUCUUGUUUUCUAGUUGUUCUGGUGUGCAGUGCUCUAUAGCCUCAUUUUGAGGGUAGGAGUUGAAACAGUUUAGGGGUCUAAAUAUUUUCACAGCCCUCUUUUUGACUCAUGCAGUAUACAGGUCCUCAAUGGAAGGCAGGUUGGUAGUAAGUGCAUAUUCUGCAGUUCUAAUUAUCCUGUGAAGUCUGUGUCUGUCUUGUUGGGUUGCAGAACCAAAUCAGACAGUUAUAGAGGUGCAGAUGACACACUCAAUAAUUCCUUUUUAGAACUGUAUCAGCAGUUCCUUGGGCUGUUUGAGCUCCCUGAGUUGGCACCAAAAGAACAUUCUUUCUUGUGCUUUUUUGAUGAUAUUUUUGAUGUUAGGUGAAUAAUGUUCAAGCAUUAUUUACAUCCAAAGUUCUUUGCCCACUGAAUCAUAAAAUGCUGUACAUAGUCAUCCUCCAUGUUCCACUACAGUUUAUAAACCUUAAAAAUAGCACUCCCUUGGAGUAUCUUGACUUGAUGGGGCUGCCAGGUCCUAAAAUCUUGGGAGCCACAGAAAAUCAGUUUUAAACUUUUGGGAUGUAGAGAGGCAUUGAUUUCUAUCGGGAGUCACCCCCUAAGAUAGCAAAUUCUGUCCAAAAAAAAAAAAAAAGAUUCUGUCAAUGAUUAUUUCUGCUUCAACCACAACAAUACCUGAGCCAAUAAGAGAUACAAACUCAAGGUAAACCACUCCAAACUCAAUUGCAGAAAAUACGACUUCAGCAACAGAGUGGUCAAUGCCUGGAAUGCACUACCUGACUCUGUGGUUUCCUCCCCAAACCCCCAAAACUUUAACCUUAGACUGUUUACUGUUGACCUCACCCCAUUCCUAAGAGGUCUGUAAGGCAUAAGCGCAUCAUCCUGCCUACUGUCCCUGUCCUCAUGUCCCUUUUUACUCUUAUUCUUUUCAUGUAUUCCAAUUACGUUUAUGCUUUUAUAUGUUUUCUUAUAUAUGAUUGACAAAUAAAAUAAAUAAAUAAAUAAAAUGUCAUGAACUUUCA